CUAGAGUGUGGCAAUUUCACGGAAAAAUCACUGUUCUAUCCUCUAUUUCUCUCGGUACACUCAACUUUCCUCGCUUUCUCGAUGACCAUUGGCAUGUCGGAGUGGAGGUGAAAGUCCAGAAGAUACCGAUCAUCGGCAACUUUGUCUACUUACGCUUUCAAUCUGUGUCUUCAAGCAACAUGAAAAAGGAGUCUCUUCUUGCGAUGACCAAGUUGCUGAGGUCCGUCAUCUCAGGCCUAUAAGGGCUUCUUGCUUGUGACUUGCGGCGGUGUAUAUGAUCUAGUCGCCUUCGGGAAUUGAAAUCGUGGGAUUUCGAAUAAUCACUAUGAAGUCUACAGCAACACGAAAGCCCUACUAUGUCAGCGGCCGACCAAGACCGGCUGUAUCGACAACGAAGCCAGGAACCGAGCACAAAUACGAUCCAGACUCAGGGCAGGUCUUUUCAGAAGUAGAAGUCCGCUUUAACAGCAAGAGACAUGUCGAUUGGGUCAAGGGCCCGAGGAACCAAAUAGUCUCCAACAGGAAGUCGCGUCAUGAGAAAGGCGCCCGUUCCCUGGCCGAGACGGCCAUAAUCACAGUCGCCAGGCACUUUGAAGAUCUCACACCGGAUCAUCUGGCGUCUGUGCCGUGGCCGAUGGCAAUGCGAGUCUGGCAGCAGCUAGUAUCCAGGAGAGCUGAAAGUUUGUAUGCCUGGCGGACUUUUGCCACGGCAUAUCCCAGCUCUGUAGAAUUUGGCAAGCCAGAUUAUAGGUUCCGUGUAGACAUCCCCACGCCAGUCUUGCCAUACGUCGAGUAUUUCGCCGGCAUCACGUCCAAUGACCUGAGCUGGUUGACGUGUCUUCGAGUCUCCCCGAACACGAAGCAGAUAGGCACUACAGAACUUGUGGCCAUUCACAAAGUUACGAACUUGGCAGUCUUGGACCUGUCUGACGGGCAGAUUAGCAUUGACAAUCGUUCCUCGACGUUUGAUGAACGAGUAAUGCGAUCCUGGGCAGAACUUGCUGUAGCCGGCCAGGCAUUUCAGCAUCUCCGUGUCAUUCUGUUCGGAUGGCAGGAGUUUCUUUCUGAGUGGAUCUUCAAAUACGUUCAUGCUUUCCCGUCGCUGUGCUAUAUUGUUGUCACAGACUGUCCGAAGAUGCAUCAAAGGAACAGACGCGAUUGGGAACCUCUCUCAACUGCUGCGGGUUGGGAAGCAAGACGUGCUAAGAGGAGUGUGAAGGAUUUGCGUCCCAUUGUUGAAAGCGCAAAGCCUGGGCUGGGGUACAUUCCCGGCUUCUAUGACGAGAGCAUGGAGCUCUUCAAAGACCUGACACACUCAGGGCGUCCAGAUCUGGUUGAAAGACUACCAUUGCUCGAGGUUGAAGUGGGAACGCCCCGUCCUUGGAGGCACAUUGUUGAUGACUUUCCUUCGACACGAACGAUUUUCUUCGAGAACAUAAAGAGGCGAACUUGGGACGAAGAGAGGUCCAUGGCGGCGCAAGCCAGCAGCCGUGAACAAACCAAGAGAGCAAGAAACCAGGACAUGGCACCUCAGGGAACGGCACCGAAGAGGAAUACCCGGGUUGGCUAUGUGCCGAAACAAAGCGGGAAGAGCGUCAGUGAUCUAUUGGGAGAGUUCCAGACUCUGUAGACUGUAAAAAGUACGAUAAAGAGAGAGAGAGAGAGAGAGAGAGAGAGAGAG